GGAGCUGGAGACGGAAGGAGCGGACGUUUUUUCUGUCUUGAUGCAAAGUUAACUUUCGGGGUGACUUCGCAGGCAUACAUGCAUUUUAAACUAAACUUUUUAAAGAAUUGAUGCUUUAUUUGGAGAGAUAGAUUUUACGUUGAGACGAGACGGAUUACUCAUAAAUGGAGACUUAAACUCCUGCUGGAUCCGAUCAGUCUUGGCUCAAACGUCGGGUUUGGUUCGGUAAUUCCUGAAAUCUCCCAGGACGGACGUUUCGCAGACUUUGACAAUAGAGGUCGACUUUUUUUGUUAUGUCUGUUUCUUCUCUGCCAGAAUGGAAACAACUUCUUCUGGAGAGAAAGAGGAGAGAGGAGGAGGAGCGAGAGAGGAGAGAAAAGGAGGAGGAGGAGAAGCUGGCGAGUAUGCCCGCCUGGAAGCGAGGGAUCAUUCAGCGGAGGAAGGCCAAGCAGGAGACCUUGGGUGACAGGGAGAGAGACAUCUGCCUGCUCCAGGUGGACCUCAGAGCUCCUUCUGAUGGCCUCAGUGACACUGACAGCUCAGUUACAGUCAAUCUGGGGAGUGAAACGUCACUCAGUCCGGAUCCUGGGUUGUGGCUGGAUGGAGAGCCCAAACCUGAGAGUCAGGUGUCGGUGGAAACCAUCGUUCCAGUCCAUGAGAACCCAUUUAUUCGCACCCAAAGUGUGUGGAGGAAAGCCAAAGAUCCAGAGGCAGCAAAUGAGGUGGAAGUUAAGGAGAAGGAAAAGCUCUACCUCAAGUCUCAAGAAGUGGAGAUGAGCAGAGGAAGAGAUAUCGAGCUGAAAAUAGAAAGGUUUAGGGAUUUGACUGAGGGGUGGGAACAGGAGAAGAUCAGGAAUAAGAGUCUUGGAAAAGAAAGAGAGAACAACCAAGAAGGUUGUGAAAACGAGAAAAAACUGUGGAAAGAGUCAGGUAGGGAUGCAGUGAAGGAGCAGGAGCUCUUUAAAGCUAAAAAAGAGAUUGAGGAAAAAGAUAUCCCUCAAUCGUCUGGUCAGUUUUCGCCCGUUCUUCCCUGUCUUCGAACCAUCCGAGCUGACAACAUCAUCAUCAUCGAGCAGGACCGAAAAGGCAGUGAUGAAAGAAGGGCAAGAUGGAGGGAGGUAGAAAGGGAGACACCUGAGGAGGACCAGCAGGGGAAAAGAGGGAUGAAGAUGGACCUCAGAGAGAUCCUGGCAGGUGGAGGGAGCGUCACGGAGAUCCGAGCUUCAGAGGUUCUGAUCAUCAAGCCAUCUGUCAGCCUUGAAGAGCGGACCGGAGGAGGAGGGAAGUCUAGAGAGGAGGGGGAAGUAAAGAGCACCUUGGAUUUAACCAGAGAUAUGAAAUCAGAAAUGUCCUGGAUGAGAGAAAAGGAGAAGGAUAGGCCCUGGGGUCAGGCAACAGUUAUUAAUAAAGAUGAUGGAGGAGAUAGCUGGGAUGAUAAUGUUUUUAUUGAGAGGGGAGGGAGGGUCAGCAAGCUGCUGAGUAAGUUCGGACAGCAUCCGAAGCCUCCAUCUCGGUCCAAAAGUUCAGAAAAUUUCCUCCAACCGGGAAGGAGAAAAUACUCUGGAGAUCAAGAUGAUCGACAAUCUGAGGAGAGAAAGGCAAAUGGAAAGAGCAUGCUCCUGAAAAACAUCCCAAAACGCUCCUUCAGCUUCUCAGAUCGAGUCAUUAGUACUGAGGAGAACGGUUUAGGAGAUGAAGGGGGCGAGGAGAGGAUUCAUCCAGAGAAAAACAUUGCUCCCUGGGUAGAUGUAGCAGGGGUAGCAAAGCUCCGUAUGGGCUGCAAAGAGCGCUUUGGAAAGCACAGAGAUGUAAAAACUGAGGAUGAAAAGGGAGGAGCAGUGCAGAGGAAAAAGGAUGCAGAAAUGUGGAAAAAACACAGGAGUGAGCUGAAGAAAGUCGAGCCGGUCAAUAAGAGAUCUGCAGAGAAAGUAAAGGAUGCAAAUGGAGACAAGGGGUUCACAGUAGCAUCAGUCAAAAACACAGAGGGAAUAUUGUUUGCAAGAAGAGUGCCAAUCAGACAGGAUGGUAGAGCAAGAGCUGAAAUAGAUGCUAGAAGAUUGACAACGGAGAGACGUUUGGAAAAGGGUUCAGAGGCUGGUGAGGUCAGUGAUGUUCGGAGAGAUGACGGACUGGAAAGAAAAGUGCAAAAUGAAACUAUCUACAUCGGUGCUACAUAUGAAGAGUCACCCAUUCCCAGUGAGGCUCCUGAGAGUCACCACAAACAUGAUUCAGCUUUCACAGAGUGCUCCAGUGUGCUCUCCACGGUCCCAGAUCGGAUCCCCCACAAAGGGCCAGAGUGGAGCGGCACAGGACCACAAGGACCUUACCUCAUGCACUCCAGUUCAUCCCAACAAACUGAGGAUCUUAUAAGCAAAAUAGAAAAAAUUGGGGACACAACUAUUUACAUAAAUGAGAGGGAAGAAACAGCUCACACAGCUACACAUGAAGGGUGCAAAGAGGACCCUCAAACGGGAAGCCAUAUUGGAUCAGAGAGAGAAAUUCCUCGAUCUCUGAGAAGGAUUGCACCCACCGCCAUCCAACCAGGGCCCCUCGAGGUCCAAAUCCCAAGGACUGUGUUUUAUGUUGCAGAAGAGAUGCCGGAGAGAAAAAGUAGUUAUUGUCAGAGCAGUGACGGACAGGACUGGGAAGGUCACAAGGUGGAAAGGAGAAAUAGCUGGAGGAUCGGAAAACCCUUGAGCCGGAUUGAGUCGCUCCGAGAGAAAAUCAGACAAAGAGAGCUGGAUAAACAAAGACAAAGACAGGCCUGGAUUGGAGAUGGGUGUGAAACUGCAAACAUCUGUGAUGCUCCAGUAGCUGAGGACAGGUAUGAGGUGAGGGGAAGUGAAAUCAAGAAAGAUUGGGAAGCUGUGGCUUGUACGCAGGUGAGGCCGGCUGAACUGGAGAGUGGAGAAGGAGAAGCAGCGGGGCAAUCAUUCACGGGUGUGUGUGACGUCAGACGGGAAGUCGGCAUAUUGAAAACCAGCCCACAGGUUCCUGUUUCUGUCCCCAGCUCACAAGACGACAGCAGAGAGGAAGUGACAGACGAGUGUUCGGCUGCUGCCUCUGAAGUUCCCUCUGAGGGGUCCAAGAUUUCCGAGGAUGAAACCGACCCCCUAAAGCAUGUAGAGCUGCACCUGGAGUACCACAGGGAACGAUACGAGAGCACAGAAGAGGAAGACGAGGAGGUAGACAGGGAGCUCUCUGAGGAGGAGUUGGAGAAAUACACGUCUACAGAUUCUAUAGGAUCUCGCUCUCCUUCACCGCCUCAUCCCAACUCCCUUGCAGCCAUGAGCCGCAUCUAUAACCUGGAAACCACUGGUUCAAGGUCAGGCUUGUAUCUGAGGAAUAGGACAGUAGACAUUCCAUCUUCUGUGCAUCUUGUUAAAGUGAAGCCAUUCAUUUCAAACUCUCAGCCGGGGGACAGCAAAGCACUGACAGGUGAAGACAUCCACGGCGUUCAGACAAUACAGACACAGCUCGAGCAGUUUCAGCUGAAGGAGCAGGAAGUGCUGAAGUCAUCAGCAAAUACUUCUACAAAAGAAAGAGAAACAAAGUUGCAGCGAAGUCCUAAAAGAGAAUUAAAGCUGAAAGUAAAAGAAGCUGAAGAAACACCAGAACUGAACCCCAAAGAGUCUCCUCAACAAAUUUGUUCUCCAACAUCUCAGCUAAAGCAAACUAUUACUGUCACCCCCUCAUUUCUAAGGAACCAAUCACCAGACAACUCUCUGAAACCUACAAACUGUGCCCCAACUCCAGCCUCCUCGCCAUGCUCACCAUCUCCUGCCACCUCCCCCAGCAUCUCUCCAUCUCCCAGCCCGUCAACCAAGCUCUUCUCCAUCAGGAGUGCUUCUGGGGGCCAAGUAAAGAGAGGUGCCACUUUCACUGUCACCCCCAAAAAACCUGUCGGAGGAGGAGUGACAGGAUCAGCAGCACGGCCCACAGCAGCAAAAGCCCCAUCGCAGCAAACGAUGACCCCCAAUGUGGAUGAGCCUGUAAAGAAGAAGUAUCCUGCAGUGGAAGAAAUUGAGGUGAUUGGUGGAUAUCAGAAUCUGGAGAGGUCCUGUCUGGUCAAGAGUAAAGUGACACCAAAGAGGGGGAAGGUGUGUUUUGAUGAAGACCAGCUUGAGCAGGUGUGUGAGUACCCUUCAGAGACCUUCAUGCGGACGUUAAGUCCUCUGCCUUAUGGCCUUGAGAGCAAAGAGAAGUUGCAUGGUGAGGAGGCACACAAGGAUGAUGGUGAAGGUGAUGGAGAAGCUGUUGUGUUCAAGAGCAGGAAGACCACAGAAACUGCUACAGGACUUCGCGUAAGAGUGGAUGAGUCUUGCCCUCGGUAGAAGCCAAUCAUCUUCACCAAAAUUGCCCAUGUGAUGAGAUCAUCAACAUUUUAUUGAAAAAUCCUAUACUUUUUUAUGUUCUGUUGAUUUAUUGGUAUGUUGUAUUCAUUUUGGCAUUUUCUUUCAUUUAGAAUCAGCUCAGUUAGUUAAAUGAAAUCAUUUUGUUUACCAUGGGAACAAACUGGGGUCCAGCUGUAAAUGUUAAAGCACGGUACAUUUGUAAAAAAAGAACUCAGGUGUGCACUGCUGAGUGAUGAAGAUCACUUGUCUAUCAAAUAAGAGGGAAGGAAAAAUAUUUAAUUUUUCAGGUAAUAUAUUUUAUAGUUUCUUUUAUUUUUGUCUUUUCAAUGUUAGUUUCCUCUGAAAAAUUAGACUUGAAGUGAUUUCCUGUCAUCUGGAUUUAUGUGCCUGGUGGAUGAGCUCAUACAGAUGGCAUAAAGAUCAGUUUAAUGUAAAUUGUUUAUGUAAUUUGUUUGAAGCUUGUUUAAUAAACCUCCUCUCACUGGGUUUUGGUGCAAUGUGACAUGAUUGGUUUUAUUUGAGGAUUAAUAGAACCUUACUGUUCACAGAAUAAGGUUGUGAAUAUGGACUCUGUUAAAGUUUUUAUUUUGAUGUUUUUAUUAUGUGAAUGGUGACCAAAUGGAUGUCCCUGAAAGGGAAGAUUUUAUAACAACCCAGAUACCAGGUGCACUUCGGCAUAUUACAGUUGAUUUUGGACUUUUAUAAUCUUUUCUUUAACCUAAACAUGAUGUGCAUAUAAUGGUUUUGCUUAAUGGUUAAGGAAGCUGGCUUCAAAAGAGGAAAAGCUAAUAAAGUGUUUUGAAAACAG